AUGUCCAUCAAGGAAGACAAAAAAGGGCAUCUCGAGCAUCUCGAGCACAGCAACUCUCCAGAUUCCAUCCAAGAGGUCAACAUCGACGACCUCGACUCCAUCGAGCAGACCCAGACGGGCAAGUUCUCCUGGCUCGUCUCCAUCACAGCUGCCAUUGGUGGUAUGCUCUUUGGCUACGAUACAGGCAUCAUCUCUGCUGUUCUCGUCUACAUCCAUCAAGAUCUCAGCAAGACUCUUACGUCUCAGGAGAAGGAACUCGUUACUUCAGUUACUUCUGGUGGUGCUUUCAUCGGAGCCAUCUUUGCUGGAGCCACCGCGGAUCGAUAUGGUCGAAAAGUGGCCAUCUAUGUUGGUUGCCUCUUAUUCACCAUCGGUGCUAUCAUCCAAGCUGCUUCUUUCUCAGUCGCCCAAAUGACCGUUGGCCGUGUCGUUGUUGGAUUUGGAGUAGGCUCUGCCGCCAUGAUUGUGCCCUUGUACAUCGCCGAGUGUUCUCCUUCAAAAUACAGAGGACGCAUGAUCGGUCUUGACAAUAUGAGCAUCACUGGUGGCCAACUUCUCUCAUACGGCGUUGGGGCCGCCUUUGCUCAUGUCAGUAGUGGAUGGAGAUGGAUGGUGGGAAUCGGUGCCUUUCCUGCUAUUAUUCUAGCCUGUCUUCUACCCUUCUGCCCGGAAUCUCCCCGACAGCUGAUUUUUCAUGGAAAGCCAGACGAGGCCGCUGCUAUUAUCCGUCGAAUCUUCCCCAAUGGUACCGAGCAACAGGUACAGGACAAGAUCCAGCACUUGACUUACCACGUCAACGAGGCCAAGGCCCUCAAUGCUGGAAAAUCAGGGUGGUGGGUGUUCAAGCAGCUCUACGUUAUCCCUGCCAACUUCCGCGCUCUUGUCUCUGCCUGUGGACUUAUGGCCAUCUCUCAGCUCAGCGGUUUCAACUCUCUCAUGUACUAUUCGCCUCUUCUCUUCUCGCUUGUUGGCUUUUCCAACCCAGUCGCUGUCGGUACUAUUAUUGCUGGAACCAACUUCAUCUUCACUUGGGUUAACCUCAUGCUUGUUGAUCGUGCUGGUCGACGAAGAAUCUUAUUAUGCACUGUCCCCUUCAUGGGCGUUUUCUUAGUCAUUGCUGCUGUCUGCUUCAAGUUCAUCCCUAUCAACCACGAUUUGUCUCUUGCAUCUGAUGCCAAGAUUGGAUGGCCUGCCAUUGUCGUUCUCAUCUCCAUGGUCUUCUUUGUUGGGUUUUAUUCUUCAGGUAUUGGUAACACUGCUUGGCUUUCAAGCGAGUUCUUCCCUAUGGAAGUUCGCGCUAUGGGAACCAUGAUGCUCACCAUGACCUGCUGGGGCUCAAACAUCAUCGUUGCCUCUACGUUCCUCACCCAGAUGGAAAACACUACUCCUUCAGGUGCCUUUGGAUUCUACGCCGCCAUAUGCAUUCUCGGCUGGGUUUGCAUCUACUUCUGCUACCCCGAGGUGAAGGGAAUGACAUUGGAGGAUAUCAGAGGCAUUUUCCAGCACGGUUUUGGCGUUCAACGAGCACGAGAAGUUCAGAAGGAGAUGAAGAUGGCCAAUAAGGCAAUCACCUCUGAAGUUCUCACCAGGGCAUAG